UUCACAAUAACCCUUGCAGCAAACUUCUGUUUCUCCUUGCAGUCAUUUCCAAUUGGGACGCUGGUGUGUCCUGCUCCAUCUCCCCAUCUGUGCAACAAGAAGCUCAAGAGUUUCAGUGCUGGGAAAGUCCACCUGAGGCCAGAGAGUGUGGCUGGGGUGAUGUGAUGUCCAGAUACAGCCCCCAAAUACCCAGUGCUUACCACAUGUUCACCUGUACCAGGAGCUGGGGGAAGGAGCUGAGCUGUGGGAUGCAGGGAAGACAGAAGGAAGAUGGGACCCUGGGACUGGAAACCCAGAUGACUGUGCCAGUAAGACUGGUCAGACACAGAAAUGCUCCCGGGAUGAAGCAGCAGAUGCAGACUGUGUGGGCGAUGCUGAUCUGCCUGGCUGGAGGGCAGCUUGCAACUGCCACACUCUGCAAGACCUAUGGCACCAUCCCAGGUAUCCCAGGGUCACCAGGACAGCCUGGCAGCAACGGCAGAGAUGGGGAGAAUGGCCUAAAGGGUGAGCGAGGUCCCCCUGGCCAGGUGGAGGACGAAGAAGACAUGGGGGAGAAGGGAGACCCAGGACUGCCGGGGCACCCUGGGAAGAUUGGUCCCAGGGGCCCCCCAGGUCCAAAGGGAUUACCAGGUCUCAUGGGGUUGCCUGGCCCUCAGGGGGACUCUGGUGACUACAAGGCCACUCUCAAGUCUGCCUUCUCUGCUGCCAGGACCAUCAGCUCCUACCCACGCCGAGAGCAGCCCAUCCGCUUCGACCGCAUCAUCACCAAUGAGAAGGGCCACUACGAGAAUCGGUAUGGCCGCUUCACCUGCGAGAUCCCGGGCAUCUACUACUUCACCUACCACGUCACCUCCAGGGCCAACCUGUGCCUCAGCCUGAAAAAGGGCCGGGGUGGCAGCAGGGGUGAGAAAGUGGUGACUUUCUGUGACUAUGUGCACAGCAGCUACCAGGUCACCACGGGUGGUGUGGUCCUCAAGAUGGCGGCAAGCGAGUCUGUCUGGCUGGAGCCAACAGAGAAGAACUCCCUGGUGGGGAUCGAAGGGUCCGACAGCAUCUUCUCUGGCUUCCUCAUCUUCCCCGAGGCUUAGCCCGCUGAAGGUGUCUCUCUGCAGCCCUUCUCCUGCUGCCGGCUGGCCCCUGCAGGGCUGAGGACUCCCGUGGAAAUUACUCUUUGCUCCAGAUUUGGUGCCCUAAGCAUGUUACUGCCAGUCUUGCACAUUAAAUGACAGCUCCUUGUGUUGCUGA